GAGACGUGCGAUGCGGAGGGAGAGUCAGCCGAGAGGAGCUCGUGGCCCGUCCGGUCGCUAUCGAUCCGCGAGUGGGUGUGUGCGCGCGCGCCGAGGAUGUGAGAGCGAGAUGUUCGGGAGGGACCGUCAGAUCGGCCGUCGGCUGAGAGCGAGCGCCAUGGCCGCCUUCCAGCUGCUCUUCCCGCUGUUGGUCAGCUGCGCGGCGGCAUCCGCGAGUCCUGCCCGAAGCCUCCCGCCGUGCCAAAUUGUCCAGAUGGAUGUGUUUUGCAGCGAUCUGAGCCUCAGAGGUGCACCGGUCAACCUUCCCCGCGACGUCCAAAUACUCGACCUUUCCCGCAACCAGGUGCAAAAUCUCACCCAGGAAACUCUAGGGUACCAAACUGGCUUCCAUCAUCUGAAUCUUCACUCUAACAAGAUCCACUUCAUCCAGCCGGGGCUCUUCAAAGACAUGACCGACCUAAAAAUUCUGAACCUGUCCAGGAAUCAUCUGAAUGUUUUCACUCUUUCCAAAAACAACAUUGGGCCUCUUACAGCUGUAGAGUCACUUGAUCUUUCAAGCAAUGGGCUGUACACGGGGAUGUCGGACUAUUUCCUGGCUGAUUCUCCGUCACUGACAAACCUCUCUCUGAACAGCAACAGCAUCACCAAAAUAGCACAAAAUACCUUCAGUGGAUCCUCGUCCUUGAAAAAAAUCAGCCUCCACAAUAACGUCAUCUUGGAGAUUGAAGAUGGAGCUUUUGACUCCUUGCAUCAUCUGACUGAACUCGAUUUGUCCAAGAAUUCAAUUACCUGCAUCACAGACUUCAAUCUCUAUAAUUUAAAAGUGCUCAAUUUGAGCAAGAACAGCAUGGAGCUUUUCCAAAGCGCAAGCUCAUCGCAGUUGUAUAACCUUCUCUAUCUCGAUUUGAGUGAAAACAAAAUGCUUUACUUUCCAUUUCUCCCCAGGGUAAACGUGCUUGAAUAUCUGGAUGUUUCACGAAACCACCUUCAGAGCGUCAACGUCUCAGGAAGUCCUGAAAAGAGGACAAAUGCUCUCUUAAAGCAACUUAAAUACCUGGACAUGAGUUACAACCAACUCAAAAGCAUACCAGAGUCCUUUUUUUGCUUUAUGGGAAAACUCGAAGUCCUGAACGUGAGUAACAACUGUAUUGGCUCGUUUGCCCUCGCUAAUAAAGGCUUUCUGCCCAACUUGAAGAUUAUCAAUCUCAGCUACAAUUCCCUGCAGAGUCUGACAUUUGGGGAGAACACUCUACCAUCGCUGGAGAAGCUGUUCUUACAAGGAAACGACCUCACCACCCUGGACCAUCAAGUGUUUCAAAAACUUCCAAGUGUCCUAUACCUGCAGCUCCAGCAGAACAAUCUGAAAAUCUGUGCCUCGGAGCAAAAGCAGUACGAACCAGCGCUGACAGACCAAAACCACCACGAUCCCCCCGGAUGUGUGUCCUUUUCCUCUGUUCGCAACUUGCACUUCCUGUACCUCUCUGAAAACAAUCUGCAGACUCUGCCUGCGAACGCAUUCGCCAACACCCCUCUGAAGUUACUGGACUUGUCCCUGAACCCAGGCUUGGACAUGGACAAAGACUCCCUCUCUGGUCUUGAGCACUCCCUGGUUCACCUCCUCCUGAGAGAAAACAACAUUUCCAGGCUAAACACAGAUCUGUCUUUGCUGAAGAGUCUCAAAAGAGUAGACUUGUCCACCAACCAGUUGACCUCUCUACCUAUGUGGAACAAAGAGUCCUCCAUUGAGUCCUUAAACCUGCAGCACAACAACCUGGUCACCCUGGAGUACAGCACCAUGCUGGCUCUGGAGCACUCAUUGAAAACCCUCUACAUGGGCUCCAACCCUCUGAACUGCUGUAGCAACCUCGGCUUCCUCCACAUGGUCCAGCGCUCGGCCGUGGUCGUUCCCGACAUCGAGACUGUGACCUGCGUUCACGAUGACUUUUCAGAGCCGGUCAACAUUGAGAAGCUGACCGAGGGAAUGUGCCACGGAUCAGGCACCCGAGCGUACGUUAUUGUUAUUGUACUGGCAUUGUUAGCCGCGAUGAUCGUUACGGUGCUUCUGGUUAAAUGUUGCUACUCAAGGAAACGAAAGCGCGACAGGAGCUUUAGCGCAUAACACGAAUGAACAGUGCACAUGCAGGACCAUGAAGAAAUUUAUAUUUGGAACUUUUCCAGUUUCAGUUCGUGAGAAGGUUGGUGGUUUUAACCAGAUACCGCUUAGAAACAUGAAUGUAGUGUCUGUGGUGUCACCCAAAGGACUAUUUGAAGCCUUGACUUGGGUUUACCACUACCAACUUUUUCUUUUUUUUUUUUUACUAGAGUGAAUAAAUCCAGAUGUUUCACAGGUAUGAUGAGACACCUUUCAACCAAACAAACAGGAACCUUAACAUCUUAAAUAAAGCAAUGGCUCUGAAGAAAAUGUAUAAUGGAUAAACUAUCAAAACCAAAACUUGUGGAAAAUGUAUACUCACCUCGUUUUUCUAAAGAGAAAUUUGGACUUUUUGAAUGGACUUUUUAAAUGUCAGAGUUUCUUUGCAGAGUCUGGUGGCUAUUCCAGAAACUGCAGCUUCGGGCCCUCAUGGUGCGUUCAGAGAGAAUGCGAAACGCCAAAACUGUGUAGAUGUGCAAAGACAAGAGGACAACGGAGAGAGACUGGAGGGAAAUAACAGAAAAAAACUGGAAUUUCUGGUGAGACAUGAAUAACGAUAGAAGGAAAAUCCGCACUGAUACACUUCAACACUGUUGACCAUUUUCUCCCACAUGGAGCAGACUGACAUGCAGCCAUGAAAUAAUUUGACUUUCUGGGACAUACUCUUAAUUUCUGUCUUGCUGAAAGUUUGACGAGAGGAUGGGAUGAAGAUCAGUGCCAUGUCUGUGUUGUAAAUAUGAAGCUGCAGCCAGUUAGCUUAGCUUAGCAUAAAGGCUGGAAACAGGGAGACACAGAUAGCCUGGCUCUUUCCAAAGGUAACAAGAUCCAUACACCAGCACCUCAGUCAAACGAAUGACAUAUCAUUUGUUUCAUUCAUACUAAAAACCAAGGUAAAAACAAGUUGUGGUUCUACAGGGAGUUAAAUGCAGUAACUCCAGGAAGUAUGCAGUAAACAAACAACAUAUAAUGUCUUAAUCUGUGAGCUUUUAGAGGGGCCAGUAGAUGGCUGCUGAAUUUCACAGUCGGCACUUUGUCCCCAGGCUUCUUCGAGAAUAUUGGGUUCUUGAUGGGACCCCGUCGCUCCUAGCGAGAGGCUAAUCGGAAAAAAUACUUGUACAUGUAUUUUGGGUGAACUGACCCAUUGAAGGAGUAAUGAUUAAUAACUGAUCUGUAGCUAAAGUGUUGAACAAAAUGAGAUGUAACGUGUUGACUCGCGAGCUUUAGAGAGCCCUGGUACGGUAGGAAUUUUGUCGCGGUCUGUUUCCCCCUGUCUUUAUGCUAAGCUAAGAUAACCCGCUUAUAUUUAUAUCUGAGAUUGGUGUCCAACUCCUCGACUAACUCUCAGCAAGAACACAAAUCAGUGUAUUUUCCAAAAACUUUGAAUGAGGGUUUCUUGUGAAACAGAAAAUAAAUCAUCAUUGACUGAGACGGACGAAGGUAAAACUGACUGGGGGAGGUCAACAUGGGGUCAGAUGACUAACAGUCUUAUCUGAGAGUGGAACUUUCCUUUAAGCUACAGCUAAAGAACACAACACACUACCAAAGGUCAUGAAACAGAAUUGCUCUUUAUUCUUAGAUGAUGAAGUAUGACGAGAUGAAGAAGUACAUGCAGGCUGGGAGUCAUCUGAGAUGACGCCACGAAAAAACACUCAAAAAGAGUUUUUGUUUUUUUUUAAAAAAGCAAUCCAAGCCGUCCUUGUCCCUUUAUGUAGUUUGCACUUUAUAUUUCCUUUUAUUUGUGUGACUUUACCUUGUUCUGUUGCUGUUAACACUAAGAAAUGAACAAUGCUAGAACUCCAAGCAGAGCAUAUGUUGAUAUAAUUUAUUAUUAUUAUUAUUUUUUACUAUAAAGACUAAGCUGGACAUUUUAGACAUUCUUUUUUCUUUUUUUCUUUUUUUUACUGAUCCCGGGCCUGCGGUGCUCCCCCUGGACAAAGUAUCGAUUAAUUUGACAUGAAAAUGUUUAAAUACCCAGUAGGGGCGAAGUUCAAAGCUGGCCUAAGCACUGAAAUGAUUAACUGUGAUACUCUGACAUGGAAGUACAAUAUUAUCUUGUUUUGAACAAAUAAAACAUACAUGAAUAUGAACUCCAGCGCUGUAUUGUAGUGGGCUACACUGGGAUCCACAGUCUCGUAUGAUAUUAAUGUGCUUGAUCCUAAAACUCUUAUUAUUGUUAUUAUUAUUAUGUAGAAGUCAAAGCGAAAUGAUUUGUAACUUUUCACAACCCGCGGCGUGAUUUUUGUACACGAUGUAAGCAAUAUUUUGAACCAAAUGAAAGAUAUUUUCUACACUUAAACUUUGUCUGAGAAAUUAUUUGUGUGGGGGGACGAAACACCUGUCAACCUCUGAACACUGUAUUGACACCAGCACAGGGCAGUUUGGCCCGGUUUCCUGAAGUUAGACGCAUAUUGUGGUGAUUUUUAUUAUUAUUAUUAUUUUUUUUACUUAAUACUGUGCUUUCUUGGCAAGAGUCCGACGAGACGAUUGAUACCACGCCCAUGUCAGUUUUUUGAUGAAUGUGAAGCCCCUCCAGGGGCGAAGCAGGUACCCUGGCACUGUCCGAAGGUAACACAAUCCAGCGCCACUCAGCACCCCAGGCACAUUUUCUUUCCUUCACAUGCAGCGUAGAUACUGAAUAUGAGAGUGGUAUCUUAUCUUCUCGUCUAACUCUCAAGAAAGAAAGUAAAGUGAGCACAUUUCUCCAAAAUGUCAAACUGUCUCUUUAAGCACACCGUGCGUGCAUGGUAACACUUCAAAGGAUUUGAGGAGGUUUAUGAAGAAAAGAACUUAAUGAA